AUGUCCGGAGAACCUAACGCAGCCUGGCCCGUCGCCGACGAAGCCCUCACCCAGAAUAUCCUCGAUGUCGUCCAGCAGGCUUCCCACUACAAGCAGUUGAAGAAGGGCGCUAACGAAGCGACAAAAACCCUCAACCGCGGAACAUCUGAGAUCAUCAUCCUCGCUGCUGAUACCACCCCUUUGGCUAUUUUGUUGCACUUGCCCUUGCUCUGUGAGGACAAGAACGUCCCCUACUGCUACGUUCCCAGCAAACUUGCCCUCGGCAGAGCCACCGGUGUCUCUCGUCCCGUGAUUGCUGUCAGCAUCACCACCAACGAUGCCAGUGACCUCAAGCCUCAGAUCCUUGCUAUCAAGGACAAGGUUGAGCGUUUGAUGAUCUAA